AUGUCGUAUAAUAAAUAUAAUAUUUAUAAUAACAAUAAUAACUCUAAAAGCAUUAGUAACUCUAAUAAAAUUAAUAAUAACAACAGCACAGACAAUAAUAAAAUACCACAAUUACCAAGAUUGCCAGAUCGUACAAUAACAACAAGCGAUUACGGAGCUUUGGUCAAUAUGCAACGUAGUACUGGUGAUUCAUUCAAUCACCAUCAUCAUAAUAUUCAAAGAUGCGGUGAUUUCAUAAUCGAGAUUGAACCGUAUUAUCAUUAUCCAUCAUCAUCUACCCAAAACAGUUCCUCACUAGUUAAUUCAAAUCAUCCCAAUUCAAGUAAACCUCAUCAUCAUUUAAUCAAUAAUCACAGUAACAAUCUUUCCAAUAAUUAUUAUUCUUCUACGCCGAUUUCUUCUCAAUCACAUCCUUCGACGAAUGUAACGACCAAAAAAAUUAAUGAUUUGGAAUCACAUAUUAAUUAUCAAUCUGAACAAUUGAAAUCUAUAUUAUGGGAACAACACGAGAUUCUGAAGUCGCAAAAUGAAAAUUUAAACAAUGCAAUAAAACAGCUCCAGUCAAUCAUCUCCACGAUAAAUAAAGAACGUGACGAUAUACGUGGAAAAUAUCAAUUAUUGGAAUUGUAUUUAAAUCAAUCCCAACAAAAAAUUGAAAAUUACGACAAGUUAAGCAAAGAUUAUGAAAAAUUAAGUUUAGAUUACAACAAUUUGAAGUCAGACUCUGAUGACUUGAAGUCAGAUUCUGAAUCUGUCAAAUUGCAAAACCAUCAAGUAAAAAUUCAAAAUGAUAACCUGGCUGCCGGGAUGGGAAGAUUGCAAGACGAAUUGAAUUAUUUUAUUAGUAAACGUGACGAAUUGAAUUCUAAAAAUGAUUUAUUGGUCAAGGAAAUUCAAUUAAUCAAGAAAAAUAACGAAUUGUUGGCCAAGAAAUUAAACGAUCUAGAGUCGGAAUAUGUUAAUCUCAAAUUUCAAAAAGAUCUUUUGCAAAAUAAAAACACUAAAUUAACUCUGGAAAAUGAUAAAUUACAUGGUAUAAUUAUUAGUGGCAAUGAUAGUGGUAGUAGUGGCGAAGUUGGCGAGAUUGAUGAUGACAUUACUUCUUCGAUUACUACUGCUUCCACAUCUGUAAGCUCUUCGCCAAAUUCUCCCGACAUUGACAAUAAUACAAAAGCAUCACCAUCUGGCGAAUUGGUAUCCACGACAAAUCUAUUAGAAAAUUAUUUAAAUCUAAAGAAACAACGUGACGAAUUGAAAACUCAAAGUAAAUUCACAACAUUACAAAUUAAGCAGUUGGAAUUCGAAUGUGAACUUGAUAAAGUUAAGAAGGAACAUGAUAAUAGUUUAUCUAAAUUUAUGAAACUGUCAAAAGAUUAUGAUGAGUUGUCUUUGGAAUUAGCUGGUCUCAGGAAAGAACACUCGUUGCUAACAGGAAAAGUUGACGAGGCAACCACACAACUUUAUAUUAAAUCAAACGAGUUGUUAGUAUUAAGUGAAAAACAAGAUUUAAUGAAAAUGAAGCAUGAUGAAUUGAAGCAAAAAAAUAUAGAAUUGAGAAAUGAAUCUGAACGACUACAAGCCACAUCUAAUAAUAAUGAAUUGAUUAGGAAACAAGAAAGUAUUGAAAAUAAAGCCAAAUUUGCUAAACUUGAGAAUGAAAAGGCAGAUUUGGAAUUGGAAAUUUCCAAGUUAAAAACAGCAUUUGAAAAAUAUGAGAAUGUCGGAAAAGAAAAGACAUCUUUGGAAUUGGAAAUAUCUAAAUUAAACGUUUUUCAUCAUGAGAAACUUGAAAAGGUCGAGAAAGAAAAAGCAGCUUUGGAAUUGGAAAUUUCUAAAUUGAAAGUUGGCUAUGAUGAAAAACUUGAAAAUAUUGAAAAAGAAAAAAUUUCCUUGGAAUUGGAAAUUUCUAAAUUGAAGCAAGAAUAUGAAACUUUAUUAGACAAAUGUCAACCAAUGGUAGAGUUUGAGGAAUCUAAUAGUGAUGACAUUAAUAAUAGUAGUAUUAGUGAUGAUAGUAUUAAUCUAAUUUAUAUUAGACAAAUUGAAGAAUUAAAAGAAGAGCUUGAAAAAAUUAAACAACAAAAUGAUUUAUUAUCAAAAAAUAACAAAUAUAAAGAAAGAACGAGAAGAGAAGAUGAUAAAAUUAUUAAUAAUGGUAAUCUAUUAUUACCAGCAUCAUCUACUACUAAUCAAUCUUCACCCGACCAAUUUUCAUCUAAUCAAAAUUGUUAUUCACCAACUGAAGAAUUAAACGAUCCUAUCACUGAUAAUAAUAACAUAGUGUCCAUAAGUCCAGUAACAAGUUCAGAUAUUAUGAUUGCUCAUUCACAACGAAUAAAUGCUACAAUUCAAACUGCUACGCUUAUAAAACGUGCAACUUUGACUACCCCUCUUAAUUCUACUACACUUAUUCCUAAUUCAACUAAUAAUAAUAAUGAAUUGAAUAAUUCUUCUCCCUCGCAAUCUUUACAAUCUUUAUCAUCAACACCACCUUCAUCUAAUAUUCCAUCAUAUCAAACCUAUGUUAAGAAAAGAUCACAGCAUCAAUUAUCUUCUUCAUUUUCUUCAUCAAAUAUAUCAUACCUCACUAACACUACCAACAAUAGCAACAACAAUCAAAAUAAUACAAACUUUAGCAGAUCAAUUACUCCUACUACACCUAAACUUAAUCUUGUCACUAAUCCAAAUUCAAUACUAACGACAACCAUCCCUACAAAUUCCCCUUUAGUUACACCAACUACAACUACAACUAAUUAUGGUAGUGCUGCUGAAGAUGGUGAAUAUGCACAGCAACGAUAUCAUAACGUAAUCACAACAGCAAAACCUACAACUUAUAAUGUUGUUUCUGCUCAACGACAAUCUAAUUCUACAUCAUUAGCAAGCAAUACAUCACAUAAUACUACAAACACUAAUAAUACUGCCAGCACUAUUAAUACCACAAGCACCACAAGCACCAUAAACACUAUUAACAAUGAUGUUAGUAUUGUUCAAUUUACUCCAACGAAUCAAUCAAAUGAAAAUAUAAUACCUUCUAAAAGAACGAGCUUAUACAGCAAUCUUUCUAAAACUUUAACAUUUUCAUCAUCACCACCAUCAUCACCAUCAUCAUCUAUUCCCUCCAGCAUUAAAAGUUUCAAAAGGAAUUCACUAAUUAGAAGUUUUAAAAAUCCAAUUUCCUUUAAUAAUUCUUCUUCCAAUUCCUCUUUACCAACAUCAUCAUCUGCCACAACAUUUUUACCAUCCACAAAUAAAAAUAAUAAUGGAAAUGGCAAAAUAGUUCCAGUUUGUCACCAUUGUAGAAUUAAUCCAUGUAAAAAGAGAUUUACUAAGGGUUACAGUAAUUAUUGUUCUUCUGAUUGUAAGAAAUUAGCUCAACGAAAUAGUAAUUAUAGUGAUGGAAAUGAUAACGAGAGUGUAAUAUCAGAAAUCUAUGAUGAAUCAAGGAAAUCUCUCAGUAAUAAUUCAAUAAUAAAUGCAUCAACUGAAUCGUUUCAACGACAACAAAAUCAUUAUUAA